UAAAGCCGAGGAGGGAGCAUUGUGAGACCGGCUCAGUGUACAGGAUGAGGGACGUGAGAGAAAGCUACAGUCGCAUUUGAUGCAUUCGGUUGCUUUGCUUUUCGCCCUGUAUAAGCAGCUUCUCAGAAUCUGGUGUCAUUUCUGCCUGCUGGAGAAGCACGCGCUAUCAGGAGUCAACAGACAUCUGCUGCUGCAACACACACACACACACACAGACACGCACGCCGCUGCAGAGAUGAGCCCAAACGUGUUUUUGCUUAGUUGUCAGACAUAACCCGGCUCUGGAAUAGAAGAGCUCUGAACCAGGUGGGGGCGAGAUGUCAGUAAAGCUGAAGUUUGAUUGUCCGGCUGAUGGCGGCAUGGUGCAGCGGAGCCGCUCCUUCACAGGAGUAAACGCACUCGGUGGCCGGAGACGACUUUCCUCGGCUCGUAGCUCUCUCCGCACAAAAGUCAUAGCAGGGAAAUCUCCCAGAAUGCCCUCUUCGGGUCGGGUGGGCAGCAGCGUCUGGGGGCAACAGCCUGAGCAAGUGGACAGAAUCUUCCAGGCUUUGAGGAAAGGGCUCAAGGACUACUUGGAAAACCAUCAAACAGAGCUGGACUUCCUGUCAUCCCAGCAGAGAGACACAAAGAGGAACUCCAGACUGGGUUUUUUCUAUGACCUGGAAAAGGAGAUACGAGCCUUAGAAAGAUACAUACGACGCUUAGAGUUUCAGAUUAGUAAGGUUGAAGAGCUGUACGAGUCGUACUGCAUCCAGUGGCGGCUGUGCCAAGGCGCUUCGAACAUGAAGAGAGCGUUCUCUCUGUCUCCGUCUUCAAGACAGUCUCGAGAGAGUUUACUGGAGCUGAACCGUAACCACAGACACAGCCUGGAGGACAUGUGUGCAAUGGAAGGAGAACUGGAAAUCCUGCUGGGAGAGCUACAAAUCAAAAUGAAAGGGUUGAUAGGCUUUGCCCGGCUUUGUCCUGGAGAUCAGUAUGAGGUGUUGAUCCGGCUGGGCCGUCAGAGAUGGAGGAUCAGAGGGCGAAUCCAGACGGAUGACCGACAGCUGUGGGACGAAGAAGAGAUGGUCUUCCUCCCUCACAUCCAUGGGAACUUUGAGAUCAAGGUGACAGAGGUCAAGGGGUUGAGCUCUAUCCUGGUCGGUAUGGUAACAUGCAGGAGUGCAGAUUUUUUCACAGCACGGCCACAGAUGAUGGUUGUGGACAUAACAGAACUGGGAACCAUCAAGCUACAGCUAGAGGUUGUUUGGAAUCCAUUUGAUAGCUCUGAGGUGAGGCCUCUCACUGCGUCCGCCAGCCGCCAGUCCAUCCACAGCAGAAAGGGAUCCGUAUAUAGCUGGACACCUCCCAACACACCCAGUUUCACUGAGAAAUACUUUCUAUCUAUGAUGCGUCAGAUACAGGAUGCAGAUGGCUCUUUUUCCAUUGGCUCACGUGAAUCUAGGGGUGUGUCUCUACUCAGCUACCUUGCUGACUCCACCCAGGCACUUAGUCCUCCAGCCUAUGAGAAGACAAGCAACCCGACACUUACACACCUCCCUGUUCUUGACACUAAGUUACAGGAUGAUGAUCUAUCAAAGACGCCCACAGAAGAUGCAGAGGAGAGUGUGGAGUGGCCCUCGGAGACUGACACAGCUUCCCCCAGUCCUGCAGGCAGUAAGCGAGACUCCAUAUUCCUCUUCCACCGCUACAGCACGCCUGACAUCCUCAAGCAAAAUGGAGAGGUGAGCCCUGGCACAGGUGAAGGAGACGCUCCAGAGACGACGGCCCCUGAAGAGGAGAGCACGUUCAAGCAGGCACUUGAAGACAGACCUGCACUGAAGGACAGAAAGGCAGGCAAAGCACAGAAGAAAGCCGUGGCUAAGAGAGUUGCUUCACUGCUAGAGGAGCUGAAUAAAGAGCUGGAGGAAACUAGCAAUGUAGAGACAUUAAAGAAAUUAGAUCUGCAGAUACGCCAACUCAAUGAGGUCUUGGAGAAGGACCUCGACCCUCCACAGAUGCCCUCAUCUCAGACACUAGCAGUAGAGGAAGAGGAAGUGCUGGGCAGUUUCGACUUCCUCUCUGCAGAUUCUAAUGAAGAUGAGAUCUCAUGUAUGGGCAGCAUCAGACUCGGGUACACUGGGAUUGGUUCAUUUAAUGAGAACAGCCUGAAAAGCAUGGGUCUGUUCUCUCAGGAUAAGAACUCUCCAUCCUCUGAGGACAUGGGUGAAGCGCAGGUCAGACAGCGAGGAGUCGGUGCAGUAAAGCCGUCACUCACUACAGGAGUCUACAGUCUGGAUCAAGCUCUUGAAACCCACCUCAGUGUGUGUGUGGUGCUGCUGAGUGCAUUGAAGCAUUCUGACUCGGAUCUUGUGCAUAAAGACAUCAUGGAGGAACUGUCACGCCAAGUUGACGUGCUGGAAAAAAUCUGUGCUCUGGCGCAGAGGAUGAUAGAUGAAAUCUCAGUGACAGAACUGUUGGCCAGAGCUCCUAAGGGGAUUGAGGUAUUUUGGAAGGACUGCAGCGAGAGUGAUUCGCCUUUCUGCUGCCCUGCGGAUGGUUUUCUCAGGACACUGCGCAAACAUUACAUCCACAAAGUCAAAGCCAAACAGCCAGGCCAGACUGAUGCAGUUUUCAGUCAGUUGCUGUAUCAGGUGCAGUGCAGCUGUAUGAUGGCGUCUGUGACUCUGUGCACUACAGACCGAGUGACUGUGUUUCAGCUCUUAGUCUACCUCAACAGAUGGAGUAUAAGUGACUUUGGGGAGCACAUCUCUCUCCUCUCUAAAGAAGUGUAUCUGAUAGCCUGUCUGGAGAGUCCCAAGAGGAAGCGAGCUCUGCAAAAGCUGAAAGGGAAGCGCAUCUCUGAGCUGCAGCCGACAGGACGGGUCCUCCAGCUCCUGGCCAAGCUGCAGACGGACGCCAAUCACAAGGUGUCUUCAGCGGCCUCGACCUGCCUCGGCAGAGCCAAGCGCUCCAAAUCCUUCAGGACAAAGGCAGUGGUUCACUACACAGACUUGUUGAAAAACAGCAACGCACAUGUGCGGCGCGAGGCCUGUCUGGCUCUGAAAAGUCUGAAGGCCUCAGAGUGUGCAGAGCAUGUAGCUGAGCUGUGGCGCUCUGCAGACGAAGACCUGAGGAACGCCGCACGAGAGACCGUGCUGUCCUUUGGUAAGAAAGGUCACAUGGCAUUCCAGCGCAUGGAUCAGAUCUACGAGCUACAGGACGAGGCUUACAAGAACCUGGAAACAGAAAUCACAAUCUUAUAGGACAAUCACAAACUCAAUCUGUUACCUGAUUGGAUGGUGCUGAGAGACUGCGAGGUUUUGAUUGAAUACAUUCCAUCUGUGUGUACUAUUGCCAAGUAUUUAAUAUGCAGUUUUAUUAUUUUCUUUUUAUGUAAUUUUAAUUUUUAAUUAUAAGUGAAAUAUUUAUAAAUACACUGUCUUCUAUAUUCAUGUAUCAAAAUGAGUAAACAUGAAAUAUAUUGAUAAUAAAUGUAAAUAUGAGA